AUUCUGCAGGCUCUCAGUAUGAAACAUCUUGGCCUUAUCCUGGUCCUUGGUGUGGCUCUUUGCCAAAAGGAUGAUGACCAGAAAAAAGAAUGGAUGGAUGAAGAGAGAUUUGGUAAAAGCCAAGACGCGUGGCAGAGUAUAAAGAGAUACCUAAAUUCUACGUACUAUUUAACAAACGCGACAUACAACAAUGACGACGUAUGGGGCCGAAACUUCACUUGUGUGUUCAUUAAGGGAUACAACGUGUCAGAAGACAAGAAAAGCAUCAAUGCUACAAUAAGAUUUAAGAACUCAUCAAGUAUUGCAUUGCGCACUUCAUUAGAAACCUUGACUGCAGUUAAGAUGUACAAUUACACGAUAGAAAAUGCCGUGAAGUACGAGACGCAAGGUGAAACGAACGAAAGUUUUGUAGACGCCCUUGUAUUCUCUGCUGAAAACGCUUGCAAUAUAUUCUAUGCUCCCAAAGCCAUUGGCUCAAACGGGAAUAUUACUGGAGGCUAUGAACUAUGGGUGACGGAGCAAUUUGUUAACUAUGUACCAGCGUGUUGCUACUUUUCCUUUAAAUAUUUGACAAUGGGUAUGCCGAUGUACACCAUUUGGAAUCGCAGUUGCGACAACACAUACAAUGCUUCCGUGGCUGCUUAAGGUGAUCAGGACCAGCCUCAAAUGUUUCAUAUAUUAGAUAAGAGAAUGUGGUUUCUUGUGUUGUUUCUUGAUGGUCUUCUGAAGCCGCCUUCGUGCAUUGUAAAAACUUGUCAUUAUUAGUGUCAUAAAGCAAUAAAGCCCUCAAAGUGCAAAUA